UUCCCAUAGAUAUGUCUGUCCGCUGCUACUUCUGCUCCCUCAUAACAGUACCUGCAAAUGGAGGAGGAAUCCCUCUAUGAGUUCCUUGUUAUUAUUUGCUUCACCUCCUUUUUUCCCUUCUCAUCUUCCACUUACUCAUCUUUGUCCAAACACUUCACUCCUCUUAAUCAUGAUUUGAACUCAUUUCCCAGUUUCACGCCCUCCUGAUUGCUCAAAGGUUUCAUCUUUCUUGAUGUUCCUCUCUCCUCUCAGCGAAAAAGCUGGAUUUUUAGUUGAGCUCGUGUUGAACAUCAAUUGGAAGGAAAGUGGGUGUUCAUGGAAAUUGAUCUAAAUCAUGCAGUGAGUGAUGUAGAGAACGGCGGCAAUGCAUGUUGUGAUGGACAUUGUGAGAAAGGCAAUGGUUGUCUCCACUGUUUGUCUUCCACUUCUUCAAACUCUUCAUCAUCAUCCUCCUCAUCCACUGUGCCUUGCUCAAUCUACUCUGAGCUCUGGCAUGCUUGUGCUGGACGACUCACCUCACUGCCCAAGAAAGGGAAUGUGGUCCUGUACUUCCCACAAGGCCACUUGGAACAAGUUGCCUCGGCUUCUCCUUAUUCGCCCAUGGAGAUGCCCACCUUUGAUCUUCCGCCACAAAUCUUUUGCAGAGUUGUGAAUGUUCAGCUACUGGCUAAUAAGGACAAUGAUGAGGUAUACACAAAAGUCACAUUGCUUCCUCAACUGGAGCUGGUAGGGUUAGAUUCUGAAGGCAGAGCUCUUGAGGAGCUGGGGGUAGAUGAGAAUGAUAUUGGAGGAUCACCUCCAAGAUCAACUCCUCACAUGUUCUGUAAGACACUCACAGCUUCUGAUACUAGCACCCACGGAGGGUUCUCUGUCCCGCGUCGAGCAGCUGAAGAUUGCUUUCCCCCUCUGGACUAUAAGCAGCAAAGGCCUUCUCAGGAACUUGUCGCCAAGGAUUUGCAUGGAGUCGAAUGGAGGUUUCGCCAUAUUUAUAGAGGCCAGCCAAGAAGGCAUCUGCUUACCACAGGAUGGAGUGUUUUUGUGAGCCAAAAGAAUCUUGUUUCUGGGGAUGCGGUGCUUUUCUUGAGGGGAGAAGAUGGCGAACUGAGAUUGGGGAUAAGAAGAGCUCUCCGACCAAGAAAUGGUCUUCCUGGUUCAACUGUCGGUGACCAGAAUCUGUACCCUGCCGUUCUUUCAGCUGUUGCAAGUGCUGUAUCCAGCAAAAGCGUUUUUCAUGUAUUCUACAGUCCAAGGGCAAGCCAUGCAGAGUUUGUUGUUCCCUAUCAGAAGUAUGUCAGAAGCAUCAACAACGUGAUAUGCAUCGGGACAAGGUUCAAAAUGAGAGUUGACGUAGAUGAUGCACCGGAAAAGAGGUGUACCGGUGUAGUGACUAGGAUAGGCGACUUGGAUCCUUAUAGGUGGCCCAACUCAAAAUGGAGAUGCCUAAUGGUUCGGUGGGACGAUGAUAUCAUGAAUGGUCAUCAAGAUCGGGUCUCACCCUGGGAAAUUGAUCCAUCCGUUUCCCUCUCACCUUUGAGCAUUCAGUCCUCCCCAAGGCUUAAAAAGCUGCGGACUAGUCUGCCAACAACCCCGCCUGUCAACCCUCUCACUGUGCUUCCAGCUGGAGGGGUCGGGCUUUUGGACUUUGAGGAGUCUUUACGAUCCUCUAAGGUCUUGCAAGGUCAAGAAAAGUUACAUUUGGUAUCACCUGUCUAUGGACGUGAUGCCCUAAACUGUCAGGUUGAUUUCGAGAAAUCCCCUGCACAUCAGGCUCUAGCAUCUGUUGGAGUAGAAAAGGUCAACAAUAUCAAUGAGUACAUGAGGGCUAAUGCCCCCAGUUAUGCAGGCUUUGUGGAAUCCGAUAGAUUUCCAAGGGUCUUGCAAGGUCAAGAAAUAUGCACACUGAAGUCCUUAACGACGAAACCCGAGUACAACCUACGAACUUGGGGAAAAUCCAGUCUUUCGUGCAGCUCUUUCGGUGUGUAUCAGGCACCCAAGUACCAUUUCGACCCAGUGAAAUCAUCCGAAAGCCUUCAGAAAAUAUAUUUUCCAUAUAAUGACAUUCUCAAAUCCGGCCAAGAUCGCACAAGGUGUUCCGAUUCGACCAACUUCCUCCAAGAGGCUGCCUCCGUUAGGUCAUUGAGGGUUCAGAAUGAAGCGAUUGAAAGGACCAAAGCUGACAUCAGGAAUCUGGAGAGCAUAUGCGCUUCUCCCAAUUUCGGGGACAGUCAAAGAGCUCAGACAAAUGGGAGUAUUGACAGCCUCUUUAGUGGUUGCAAACUAUUCGGUUUUCCCUUGACUGCAGAAGCGCCUACAUCUACCCUGCAAAAUUCUGGUAAGAGGAGUUGUACCAAGGUUCACAGGCAAGGAAAUUUGGUGGGACGAGCCAUUGAUCUCUCGAGGCUGAAUAGUUACGAAGACCUGCGAAACGACCUGGAGCGACUGUUCAGCAUGGAGGGGCUCCUGAGAGAUCCUGACAAAGGUUGGCGAAUCUUGUACACCGAUAGCGAGAAUGAUGUGAUGGUUCUCGGGGAUAUACCAUGGCAUGAGUUUUGCGAUGUGGUGACCAAAAUACAUAUCUACACCCAGGAAGAAGUGGAAAAGAUGACCACAGGGAUGAUUAGCGACGAUACUCAGAGCUGUCUGGAUCAGGCACCGCUGAUAAUGGAAGCAUCAAAGUCAUCUUCCGUGGGCCAGCCAGAUGGUUCACCUACUGUCGUUAGGCUUUAAUGUCCAAGGUUUGCUGUCUUCCUAUGUAUGUCUAAAGUAGAAUAAGCUUGAGAUGCUGACCCUUUGCCGGCAUAAGCACAAUACAACGACGUCGAGUUCCGGACCAAAAACUCGAUUCAGCCUCUUGACUAUGUUGUGGUACUUGGAGCCAUUCAGGCUCGGUAUUGGUAAUCGAUGUUUGUGCGUGUAUCUUUUGUAAAAGCAGUUCUUAUUGAUUAUUGCACCCUCAAAUUCAGCCAA